GGCCGGGAAGGCCGGGCUGCUCUGGGGGAAGGAGCGAAGGGAACGCGGCGCCAGGCCGGCAUGAGAUUUUUAAGGCAAUUAAAAAGCGUAUUCCCUUGCCUCCUGAAAGUGAAGUAUUUUGGAUCAGAAACGUUCUUUCCAACAGUGUGGAUGCUUUGGAACCAGUCUCUGCUUGAACAUCUUCCAGGAAUUCAGAGACCAAGUUUCUUCACCAUGCAGGAGAUGGCUGAUAAGAAACCUGAUCUCAAUGGGUUCUUGCCGCAUCCCAGAGUACGAGGAAUGACCACCCUUGACAAAGCUGCUUUCAAAAAUGAUGUUAUCAUCCCAGCUCUUCUAGUUAACAAAGACAUAACAAACAAUCUGCUGAAGUCUCUUAAAGGAGUACUACUCCAGCGACCGGGUCUCAAGAGAGUCGUUGAAGACCCUGACGAUGAAAACAGAAAGUACGUUUUGUUAGACCCACAUAAAAUAUCUGCUGACGGUUCUUUGGGUGAAUCUGAACAACAGAUCUUAAAAAGCUUUGGUAUUAAACCUGAAACAGUCAAGUAUAACAUGAAACUUACUUACGAUAAUUUCAAGACAGAAGAAAUUCUGAAAGCGGUGCUUCCUGAAGGCCAGGAGAUCAUCACAGCCUUUAGCAGAAUUGGCCAUAUUGCUCACAUGAAUCUGAGAAGCCAUCAGCUGCCUUAUAAACAUUUAAUUGGACAAGUUAUCAUUGACAAAAAUCAAGGAAUAACCUGUGCUGUAAAUAAAAUCAAUAUUAUAGAUAGUAUGUAUCGAAACUUUGAAAUGGAGCUACUAGCUGGAGAUGGUGCCAACAUGAUAACAAAGGUUAAGGAAAACUAUAUCUCGUAUGAAUUUGAUUUUUCCAAAGUUUAUUGGAAUCCUCGCCUCUCUACCGAACAUUUGCGGAUUGUCAACCUUUUAAAGCCAGGAGACCUUCUUUUUGAUGUCUUUGCAGGGGUGGGGCCUUUUGCAAUCCCUGCCGCAAAGAAGAACUGCAUGGUGUUUGCAAACGACCUCAACCCUGAGUCCUGCAGGUGGCUCCAGCACAACUGUAAAUUAAAUAAAGUGGACAAAAAAGUCAAAGUCUUCAACCUGGAUGGCAGGACUUUCUUGAAAGGGCCAGUGAAAGAAGAACUGGAUAAGCAUCUCUCUUCAAAGGAAUGGAAGAAUUCUAUACAUAUCAUCAUGAAUUUGCCAGCCAUGGCAAUUGAGUUCCUGGAUGCCUUCAGGCAUCUCCUGAAUGGAGAACCAAUCAGUGCUGAACUUCCUACAGUGCACUGCCACUGUUUUUCCAAACAUGAUAACCCUACCCAAGAUGUUCAAGAAAGAGUGGAAGCUUUACUGGGAGCUUCCUUGUAUAGUCUUUGUUCUGUUAAAUGGGUGAGAAAUGUGGCACCCAAUAAAGAAAUGAUGUGUGUUAGCUUUCAACUUCCAGCUGAGGUGUUAUACAAGCCACUGUCUUCUCUGGCAGAUGAUCCGGGGGAACCUCCAUCUAAACGACCAUGCCCAAAUGAAAAUUACACUGAAGAAAAUAAUCAAACCAUCUAGGAGAUAUGUGGAUCAUGACUGAAUAGAAUUUUAAUUUCAUUUUUCAAGUUGAGGAAAGUACAUUGGAUCUGCUCUCUGUGUAACAGCAGUUAUCUAGUCUUUUCUCAGCGUUGGUAAUUGUAUGCUCACUGUAUGCUUACGAGCUAAUUGUAUGCUGAUUAUGUUUCAGUUCUUUUAAAUCCUAUUAUAUAUGAUUAGGGUCAGUUGUCUUAUUUAAAGAGCAUUAAAUUUUGUAUUUUUCCAUAAUUUGUUAUAUUUUGUGUUUAAGCUUGUGUCCAGUUAUUCAUCCACCAAUGAGAAAGUAUAAAAUUAAAUGGACAAGAUGAAAUAUUUCAUUCCAGUCUUGAAGUACCCAUACGUAGGGCAUUGGAUGUCAUUGGUCCUGUGAUGUCUAUGUCCAGCCACAGAUCCUGAGCAGCUCCUGAGGAGCUAAGGGAGAUGAAGGAUAAAGCAAUGAAGUAUUUGAAAUAUAGUAUAGGUUACAAAUGGUGAUACAGUGACAGUGGGAUGCUGCAAGUAUCAUAAUUGUGAGCCAGUUGCCAAAACCCUGAAUCAUGAUCAUAUGGCCAUGGGACACUACAAUGGCCGCAACUUUGAGGACUGUAUAAGGCUCCUUGUUCAGCACCAUUGUAACUUUGAACAAUUGCUGAAAGAAUGGUUAUUAAACGAGAGCAUCUAUAUUCAUAAACUGAGUUUUUCACUUCCUUGUUUAUAAAAGCAACUGUGUUUAUACACACAUAUCUGAUGAUUAUAUGCUCCUGUUUUAGAGGAAGGAGGAAUUCAGGAUAUGAAAUAAAAAUAUUAGUUUGUAAACUAGGUGUAUGUUUCAUCUAGAGAGGCCUUCUUGCAUUUUGCUUAAUUAUACUCAAAUGCAUCUUAUAUUACAGUUUAAAACACAACCUACCAUUUCCUAAAUUCAUAAAGCAGUUGCUUUGCUGUUUUCAAUAACAGCUGAUAUGUAUUUAAUUUUGUAACAAAAUAUGCCCUCUAAUGACAUACUAUCACUCUCAGUUUGUGGAAUUCUAAAUGUACUUCUGUUCCUGAUACUACAUAAUUAUUGAAUUCCAAUUUGCACAUUUAAGCUGGUAUGCUUCAAAUACAUGAAAUAUUUCCCCAAAUUAAAUAGUCUUUAAAACGG